CAAUUUCUCCUUGGUAUAUAUAAACACAAGAAACCCCACUCUCCAUCUCCUCCGCUUUAUACCCUCUUUCUCCCUCCGUAAUCGCUCUACCUCUCUAGGGUUUCUCUCCUUCGCCGCACCCUCUCUACUCGACAAGGCGGCGAAGAAGAAGGAGAAGAGGCGGCGGAGGAGAAGAAGAAGAAGAAGCCGCCAUGAGCAACAACAAGCAGCAGAACACCCUCAACCUCAACGAUCUCGGCUCCGCCCUCCCCGCCGUCGCCGCAGGGUUAAGCGCGGAGGACCGGGCGGGGCUCGUCUCUGCCCUAAAGAAUAAGCUGCAGAGCUUGGCUGGGGAACACAAGGAUGUUCUCGAGACGCUCUCGCCAAAUGUGAGGAAGCGCGUCGAGGUGCUGAGGGAAAUCCAGAGCCAACAUGAUGAGUUUGAGGCAAAAUUUUUCGAGGAGAGAGCUGCUCUCGAAGCUAAAUAUCAGAAGCUUUAUGAGCCACUAUACAUCAAGAGAUACGAUAUUGUUAAUGGAAUAGUGGAGGUCAACGGUAUUACAAAUGAAACAGCAGAGGAACCCACUGCUGAUGGUGAAAAGACCGAAGAAAAAGGUGUUCCGGGUUUUUGGCUCAAUGCUAUGAAAAUGAACGAAGUGCUGACUGAAGAGAUUCAAGAGCGUGAUGAGGAUGCCCUCAAGUAUCUCAAAGAUAUCAAGUGGUGCAGAAUUGAUAAUCCCAAGGGUUUCAAGCUUGAAUUCUUCUUUGAUGCCAACCCUUAUUUCAAAAAUUCAGUCUUGACGAAAACAUAUCACAUGAUAGAUGAUGAUGAACCAAUCUUAGAAAAAGCAAUAGGGACUGAGAUAGAGUGGUAUCCUGGGAAGUGCUUGACCCAGAAGAUUUUGAAAAAGAAACCAAAAAAGGGUUCGAAGAAUGCCAAGCCCAUCACUAAAACUGAAACUUGCGAGAGCUUUUUUAAUUUUUUCAAUCCUCCACAAGUCCCUGAGGAUGAUGAGGAUAUAGAUGAAGAGACUGCUGAGGAACUCCAGAAUCAAAUGGAGCAAGAUUAUGAUAUUGGGUCCACUAUUAGAGAUAAAAUUAUACCUCAUGCGGUCUCGUGGUUUACGGGUGAGGCUGUUCAAGCGGAUGAUUUCGAAGGGUUAGAAGAAGAAGAUGAUGAAGAGGAUGAAGACGAGGAAGAUGAGGAUGAAGAAGAGGAUGAGGAGAAUGACGAUGAUGACGACGAUGAAGAAGAGGAAGAGGAGGGAAAGACCAAGAAGAAGUUGGCCAGCGGACAAAAGAAGGGUGGAUUGGAAGCUCAAGAGCGACCAGCUGAGUGCAAGCAACAGUAAUUAAAUCUAAAACGGAAGCGUUUCCAGAUUAGUUUGGUUUGGAAAAACUGUUUUGUGGUGUGGUCGAGUAUAGUGUUGUGAUUCCCUUGCUCUUAAUCUAUGUUAGGGGGACUCAGAGCUGGUAUUUUUGGUAUCUUUAAAUUAUUUGGUAUUAUCAGUGGUCAAUCAUUUUUUACCCCGUUGUUUGUGGGUACGGGAGGGUGCUUGUUAUGUUGGAGCCAUUUUCGUUCUCAAGAUUUUGUGUCCUCAUCGGAGCUGCUAGUGUAUGAAAAUGAUAUUAAUAUUAUAUUAUUCUUAUUUUUAUAUAAUGGGGAAUGAAUUUUGUUAAA